AUGGUGAUCAAGGAUAUCCUGGACGAGUGGGUUCGGGGCAAAGACGAGGGGAAGAAGCACAGCCGUGCUGGGGAAGCGAGGCGGAAGGAAGAGAUUCGGCAGCAAGGGGAUUUGGAAGGGCAUGAACUCUUGGAGCCCUUCCAAUUCAUAUCAGAUGCUGCCGUGGAGGUUGCUUUCGAGGCGAUCGCUCCACUGCUUGCAUCUUUCGGGUGCAGUCAGCCCCCUCUGGGAAAGUACAAGGACGGUUUCGAAUGGAUUCUGAAAGAGCACGAUAUCAUGGGCAAAAAUGUGAAGAAAAAGGAAAGCCAGGAUAUGGCAGCGGCUCCAAUCGAAGCUGAGGACCAGGAUAUGGCAGAGACUCCAGCCGAAGCUGGGGACCAGGAUAUGGCAGAGGCUCCAACCGAAGCUGGGGACCAGGAUAUGGCAGAGGCUCCAGCCGAACCCGGGGACCAGGAUAUGGCAGAGGCUCCAGCCGAGGCAGUGGAGAAGAGCUACCCACCGGGUGCGAUUCAGCUAUCCACAGAUGCAGACAGCCAGAUCGUUGAGGAGCAGGAGGAAGAGCAUUUUCAGUAUCAGACCGAACACGAGGUGCCAGCCACCCAGCCCGAUCCCCCAUCAGCCGAGAAGCCGAAGCCCGAGAAGGACAAUUCUGGGAUAGAUCCGAAAGACUCCGAGGACUCCCACGGCGAUCGAACGAGCGACAAGGACUUCAUGGCUGAAAAAGUGUUGGAGGAAGCAGGCGGUGAGGAUGAUGCUGCUUUGUCCGAGCUGCAGUCCAAACUGCGAGCAGCUGCUAAGGCGAAGGCAACUGUUGAGCAUGCGGAAAAGAAGACUCGAGGACGUGGCCGUGGAGGCGGCGGUCGUGGAGGCGGCCGUGGAAGGAGUGGCGCCGCAUUGAAGCGGCCAGCAGCUGCAAAGCGGAAGGUCGACGAGGUGGACGAGGUUGGGCCGGAGACGGAAGUGGUCGAGGCCUCCGCCGGGAUGGCGCAAAGCAAGGAGGAGGAUAUCGAUGCUGAAGCCAAGCCCGAGAAGAAAGCAAAGAAAGGCGAGCAGGAAGCAGACGGGAAUGAUGAUAAAGGCAAGAACGACAAGAAAAACAAGAAAGACCGGACAGCCGAGGAGAAGGAGGUGCUGGACAGCAUCCCGGAGCUUGAGAACUACAGAGUUCUUCAGCUGGCAAUAGUGAUGCCGUACUGGAGCCGACCUUUCGAGUGUGGUGUCGUGCGCAAAGCGACAUCAGCGAGGCCUAAGAAGCAGGUGCUGUUCAUCUCCGGCAAGCACACGGGGCUGCCUAUCACGUGGAAGGAGCUUGUUGACCCUUGCAUCAAAGCCGCUGAGUCUUUGGAAGAGGGCAAGGAAAUGGCGGUGGUGGAAGAUGCCUUCGAGCAGGACAAAAUGGCUUUGGCAAAAUUGACGGCCCAGCGCCUCGCCCUCGGCGCUUUGGCAGCCACACGGAUAGCUGAUGUGUCUCCACAGAGCAUCUCGACGAGUGUGGUGGGCCCAGAUGAACUGGACUGCGGUGUGGACAUCUCGCCUGCAGAGAGUGCAGGCAAAGCGGAUAUGAAACGUGGCAAUGGAUCCAACUGCACGGCUGCGGGGGCCGACGUGAGCAAGUUCAUUGCCCAGGCUAAGGCGAGGGCAGCUUUAGCCAAGGGUGUUACGCCCACCCCGAAAGUAGCACCUGCCCCGGCUUCUGUGUCUGCGAAGUCGACCGCGAUCAAAAGCCCGGACAUGAAGAAGCCUCGCACCGGAGCAGAAGCUGCUGCGCCUACGAAAAGGUUGUCAACAAAGGGUUGGACCGCUGCGGAGACCGGCAGCCAGGUGCCCUCGGCAUCUCCCAUGUCGACGACAAUGACGCCAUUGGGGCCGAAGGUGCUGGCGAAAGAGUUCGCGACACCCGGAAGCAUGUCUGUGGAUACCCCGACUGAGAAGAAGUGCGAUGAGUGGUGGGGCGACGAGUCCUGGCACUCAGCCUGGGAUGCACACGGCUGGGAUUCAUGGUACCGCCGCACCCCAUCGUCCUGGGACGGUUGGGGUUGGGGUAGCGGCUCUUGGAGUGCAGGUGACUGGCAGGCCUCAUCUGUGCAAUGGGGCCGCCGGGGCGCUGUGGAGGAGAUUAAGGCAGAAGAAGAGAGCCAGCCAGAUCUGGAAACACUGCUCGAGAGAGCCUACGAAUCUUAUGGCGAGAGCGACAGUGGAUCGGAGAAGGAAAAAGGCUCUAGAUCUUUGAGGAGUGGCGCCGCAUUGAAGCGGCCAGCAGCUGCAAAGCGGAAGGUCGACGAGGUGGACGAGGUUGGGCCGGAGACGGAAGUGGUCGAGGCCUCCGCCGGGAUGGCGCAAAGCAAGGAGGAGGAUAUCGAUGCUGAAGCCAAGCCCGAGAAGAAAGCAAAGAAAGGCGAGCAGGAAGCAGACGGGAAUGAUGAUAAAGGCAAGAACGACAAGAAAAACAAGAAAGACCGGACAGCCGAGGAGAAGGAGGUGCUGGACAGCAUCCCGGAGCUUGAGAACUACAGAGUUCUUCAGCUGGCAAUAGUGAUGCCGUACUGGAGCCGACCUUUCGAGUGUGGUGUCGUGCGCAAAGCGACAUCAGCGAGGCCUAAGAAGCAGGUGCUGUUCAUCUCCGGCAAGCACACGGGGCUGCCUAUCACGUGGAAGGAGCUUGUUGACCCUUGCAUCAAAGCCGCUGAGUCUUUGGAAGAGGGCAAGGAAAUGGCGGUGGUGGAAGAUGCCUUCGAGCAGGACAAAAUGGCUUUGGCAAAAUUGACGGCCCAGCGCCGGGCCGAAAAGGCCGUGAAGUAG